GUCUUCCUCUUUCCCUUCUCAAUACCACUGACAUAGCUUCCUUCCCUCCUUUCCUUUCCUCCAGGCCAUCAAAGCCACCUCGUUGCCUGACUGGAAAAAAAUCAUCCCCCUGACUCCGCCCCUCAAACUCAGAUGUGGAUGCGAGAAAAAAGGCCAGCAACAGUGUGACAGACAACACAGCCCCUCCGCUCCGCUCGGCGUACUAUCUCCCCGUGACCGUGGAGCAGAGGCGAGCCAGACCGAGCCGCAUGCUUGCUGUGCAACAAGGCGAACAGGAGCGAAAUGGACCGGUGGACAACAGCAGCAGCAGCAGAAGCAUCAUCCAGUGAGGACCGACACAGAUUCUAGGGUCCUGUUGAAUCACAGAGGACACACGGACAUGAGGAAAUAGACGCGUCAGUUGAGGCCCUCCAGCUGACCUCGGGCUGCGUCCUGUGGGGAUUUGUUGUUGGUGGGCCAGCUGAACACGCGUGCAUGUGAGUGAGAGGUGAUGAAGUCCAGCAUGAGGCAGUGGCGGAGGCUGGUGCUGGCAGGAAUGCUGGCCUGGGGUCUCCUCUUCCUCGCGCUUCUCUCCUACUUCCUGGAUGCUCGUGUGAAUGAGCCCCUGACCUCUGCUGGCUCUUUGCUCUCCCAGCACCCAGACACCCGCCGCUUGGCCUCCAUACAGGCCUCCCAUCAACAGCUUGCAAACCUAGGCUCCCGACCUGACCCCGCCUCCACAGUGUCUACAUCCUACCCUCGAGAUGAGCCCGAGCUGCAGCCUUCUGCCAGCUCCACAACCCCAGAUCUCAACCUGGAGGUGAGCCGCAGCCCUAACAGUGCACCAUACGCCAUUUAUGCUAGCCAGGAAGCCAGCCAACAGGACUACUUGGACCAGCAGAGCCUGGCUGCUUGGUCCUCCUUUGGUACAGAAAAUGUGGGUUCUCACUCAAACCAUGUGGCCCAGAGUCGAGAGAAAACCUCUCAGACCACUGAGUACCAGAACCAUGUCAGCGCUGCACAAAACCAUGAUGGAGGAGAAGAAGAAGAUGACAGGGACAAUGAAGAUGAGGAACUAGGGAACAGAAUGAGGACUACAGGAAGAGGGGGGGGUGGUGACUCCUCUGAUCUGGAGGAGUAUUACUUCUCAAAAUCUGCCUCUGUAGUGCAGCGGCUGUGGCAGGGCCGGGUGUCUGCCGGCAUGCUGAGUCCACGUCUUCAGCGCGCAAUGAAAGACUACGUGAGCGCCAACAAACACCACGUCUUGUUCAACGGGCAUCGCAGGGCCGCCCAGAGCCCCAAAGACUUACUGUGCCAAAUGAAAGCCCAGGCGCGUCUGAGGACAGUUGACGGGUCCGAGCAGCCCUUCUCCUCACUCGGCUGGGCUGAUCUGAUUCCAUCUCUUCCCCUGGAGCAACUUUACAAACAGCAGGGUCAGAGCAGCUACAAGACCUGCGCCGUGGUCACCUCUGCUGGUGCCAUCCUGCGCUCUGGACUUGGCAAAGAGAUUGAUACCCAUGAUGCAGUUUUACGGUUCAACGCUGCACCCACAGAGGGAUAUGAGAGAGACGUGGGGAACAAAACCACUAUCCGCAUCAUAAACUCACAGAUUAUGGCCAAUCCCAGACAUCAGUUCAACACAAGCUCAAUCUACAAGAAUGUGACUCUGGUGGCUUGGGACCCUGCACCUUACACUGUUAACUUACACAAGUGGUAUGCCAGUCCAGACUAUAACCUGUUUGGGCCAUACGUGGAGCACCGUAAACUCCAUCCCAGCCAGCCCUUCUACAUCCUCCACCCCAGCUAUGUGUGGAGACUGUGGGAUGUUAUUCAAGGCAACACUCAGGAGAACAUCCAGCCCAAUCCCCCAUCGUCUGGCUUCAUAGGCAUCCUUGUGAUGAUGGCGCUGUGCGAGGAGGUGCACGUGUACGAGUACAUCCCCUCCAUGAGGCAGACGGACCUGUGCCACUACCAUGAGCGUUAUUACGACGCUGCCUGUACACUGGGUGCCUACCAUCCGCUCCUGUACGAGAAGAGCCUGAUCCAGCGGAUCAACACAGGCCCAGAUAGGGACCUAAGGAGGAAGGGGCGGGUCACUCUUCCAGGCUUAAGCACCAUCAACUGUGACAUCUGAGAUAUGAAAACUGACCUUCUGAGCCUGAAAUACAAACACACACCAGCCUUUUGCUGGCUGACGAAGGGAGAGGUGCAAUAAAGCCACAGGAGACACAGAGGCUGGAGCUUACAAGUUUGAAAUGAGACCCAUGAAGAACAUAAGCCAUAGCCCUCCAGGGGGGAUCAUCAUGGAGAACUUGUCUUCAUUAAGAUGGUUUACCUGACCAGAGACUGGCAGGAAGAGCCUCCAGGAUGGGGCUGAAAAAGACAUUUCUCUCUGCUUUAGCUGAGCCACGUUAGCUGUGGAGCUGACUAGGGUAGCAACAGAUCAGUGUUUUUAGACAGGCAAGUGAAUUUUCAAUAACUGAGUGUGUUUCAGUGGUGUAAACAGUAUUUUUCAUUAGGGUGGUUCUCCACUUAAAGGAAACACCACUGUUCAUAGCGGUGGAAAUUUGUGAUUUCUUUUUUACCAAUUUAAAAGGUUGUGAAAAAGUAGUCAUCCGUGCUGAAUGUCAGAAAUGGAACACAUGCUCUUAAAUGUACACAUCCAUCAUAACACAUAGGAAGGCACGGUGGAAAGGAGAGAAGUGAAACUCUCAGCAGUUACAUUGCUGUUCAUGUCGUCACUCUGUAGGGGUGCUACCUGUUCAACAUUCCUCUUAAAUCUUCCUGUGAAGUCAGACGCUGUUUUGUGUUUUCAUGAGGGGUUCCUCUCAAACAACUGAUGUUUUCAAGCCUAUUACUCAAUUACUCCCCUGUGUAUGCCAACCUGCCAGCUAAAUACCAUUUAGUGUUGAGAGGCUUAAGUAAGGUAAUUUAAAAAACAGGAUAGAAGGAAAGAAAGCACCGGUUUUUGGAUUCAUCCCACGUACAGUUUAACAGCCUUUUUUUAAUGAAAACCUUAAUUAAUUCAAAACAAACGGGGCCAAAAUGAAUUUUCGGUGCUCUGAACAGCCGUAGCCCUGUGCCCAGUGGUCGACUGAACACUUUCCUCGAGGUUGCCUUGUGCCUGUUUCGAUACAUGCAGUACAAACAGUGGCAGGACUGCAGGAACAUGGAGUUUAAUUGCUGUUAGGGGUAUUGGAGCAGUUCAUAUUGCUGAAGCAAGCUGUAUCAGGGGACUCUCAGCUCUGCAUCAGCAACCACCAGCUCCAAUUUGCGACGGUCAGUUCACUCUUUAUUGAAUGUAUUUUUUCAGCAGUGUCUGCAAAUGUGCAGGGUUAUUUUUUGGUCAUGUAACAGCAUUAAGCUCAUUUCCUACAUCUAUAAAUGUCUCCUGUUUCCUGGAUCCUCUAAUAGCAGGGUGCACCUGUUUGCAGCUGCUGGUGGAGACAAUAAUAAAAGAGGAAUUUAAGAUGGUAAUAUCAUCAAAAUUGCUUUAUCUCGGGCUAGGAUGAUUUUUUAUGUUUACAGUCGGUCAGUGCAGCAUCUGCAGUGAGCUCUGAAGGGUUAUUUGCUCGUCGUGGGAGGUGGAGGAGGAGCUGGUUGUGAUUUUUGCUGCAGGUGAUUAUUGAGAAAAGUCUUGCCUGUGAACGGAGAUUUUCGUUGAUAAGUGUAAUAUUCUACAAAAUGUUCUUGUGCCAUUGGUUGUGGUUUGAUAAAAGAUGUGACAAGUCGUCAGAGAAAUGUUUCUUUGAAUAUCCAGUAUGUUGAGUUAGAUGGCUCUGUAGUCGUAGUAUGUAGAUGGUUCUGGGGCUUAGCAUUACUUGUGGUUGAGAGGGGCUGGGUAUCGUUCAAAAUUUGAACAAAAACAUUCUUUUUUCUACAAAAUAACUUUUUAUAAUUAUACACAUGCCUGAUAUUGAGGGGAAAAAAAGCAUCUGACAAGGUAUUUUGGUGCAAAAUGACAACUGGGCGAAAGAAGUAUUGAUCAAAUCUACUGCUAUGUCCAUUCAUAAUGCAACAGUGAUACACUGUAUGUCAUGAUACCACAUCUUAUUUUGAAAUGUAGUUAGUGUUAAAGCUCCAAUGGGGAAUUUUUGACUAGUUAUGAAACUAGUCUGCACUGCUUACUAGACUGAAAUUAACAGUGAUGUGUCUUUAUAACUUACAAAAGCAAAAUAGACCAUCAACAACAUGACUUUUUAUUAUAAGUCUUUAAUUUUAUAAUUACCGCCUUGAACAGCUGUGAGAGCGCUGGUGUCAGACCAUAGACUGUAUAGUGCUGUUUUGAGACCAAUCGUCGGUGGGAGCCACAUUGCUUCUGUCAAGCCAGUGUGACGUAAAGAGGCAGAGUUUGAGCCUCCUAGCCAACAGCUGCAGUGUUCCCACAGGCAGCUGUGCCUCUCAUUGGAAGACAAGUAAUCUCAAUAACUUCGAAAUUGCUGCGUUAGAAAAAAAUUCACCCCUCUCACAGAGUGUGCUGAUCAAGCAAUGAGCUAUCCAGACUACACUCGUCUUUUGUACCAGGCUGUAAACAUGAUUAUUUCUACUGUAAAGAUCAGCUUUUUCCCCAUUCAUGUGUAUGUGGUUUCCUGUACUUCCGGAGCCAGCCUCAAGCGUCCUCGAUGAACUGCAGCUUUUAACAGUUCCGCAUUGGACUCAUAUUCUUAGACCGGAGGUUGCCCCUUGUGUCAGACAUGACAAUUUGCAGUACACUGAAAAAAAAAAAAGCUUCUAUUUAUUUAACUUUUUCAACUACAGAUAGUAAGUGAUACAUUUGUAACUAUAAGCAGGAUGAUGUUUUUCGUCAGAAAACAACGCUUACACACGUACAGGACAAGAUCUGCAAAGAGAAAAGAUGUGCCACUCUGUUUACAGGGGGCGCCAAAAUCAACACUAACAGAAGAUUCCUUUAUAGCUUUUUACAUUUUAAACUUAAAAAAAAAGUAAUAAAUAAAGGAAAAUAAUGUAUUAACUCCAAAAAUGUAGUCACUUCUUAAGAGCAGUUUCAAAACAAACAAACUUUAAAAUCUUAAUGAAGGAUUAAAGAUUAAAAUAACCAGAUGGGUAGAGCUUUUGGGUGAAUUACAUUUUGACAAAGACUUUCAUCGGCUUUAUGCAAAAUGUGUAAAUCUAAUUUUGGCAUAGAGCAGUUUUCAGUGAUUGGCAGUUGCUUCAGUGGGAAUUGAUUUAAAGUAACUCUGAUGGAUUAAUGAUCUCAGAUUUUGUAUAUUAAAUAUGUUUGGCUGUGCCACUAAGGCAUACUUGACUGUUUCUGAUGCAUACAGAUUUAUUUUUUUCUGUUUGCAAACAGUGGUUUGGUUUGAUACCCAGCCCCAGUUUCAGGCGGAUCUUUUUGCAUGUUAUUAAAAAAGUCUUGGAACUAGUAGCCAGGGAAGUCAACAGCAGUUGGAGGACUGUUACAAGGGAUUUAAUAAGUAGUCUGAAGAAACCAGUUUUUGAAUCUUAAGGAGGUUUUUUUUGGUUCAUUUUGGUUCUGCUGUAGGUUUUCUCUGCUGAAAUAAAUCAUCAGAUGUUUAUUACUUGUGAUUGUAACACACUGAAGGUGCAAAACCCAUGAAAAUAUAAUACAUGUAUAUUUCUGAUAAUAACUUUGAUUACUUUCCAGUGCACAGAGCAUGCAAAUCAGAAUCAGGGCUAAUAGUCUUAAACUGUCUGUGCUGUACUGUGCUGCAAGUAGACACCAUUGUCAUCAAUGUUUUGAGGGCGAUUGUGCUACCAAUUAUUAUUAUUUUUUUUUUUUUAGUGGUGUUUUGCAGGUUGUAGUUGCAUGCUAGUUGCAGGCAGGGACAUCCCAACAAGCUGUGGCGCAGCUAACAUUAGUUUCCUGGGAGUGUUUAAGGAGGUGCAAUUCAUUCUGAAAUCUCAUCCUGGUAUCAAAAUUUUGUGCCAAAUUCCAUCUUGUGUCGUCUUAGAAGGGUUAAAUACGGAUGGUAAGGGAUACUCUUGAGGUAGCACGACUUUUAGGUGCUACUGCUUAUUUUUGGGACGCUUAAAGUGGAAAACGAUCUCAUUUGUAAUCUCUAAACUUUAUUAAUACACCAGUGGUGAAUUAGGGAGAUACGAGAACAGACUGCUAACACUGUUUCUUACAUUUUCCCUCUUUUCUUUUUUUUCUCUCGAGGUCUGAUUUUCUUGUCUUUUUUUUUUACUCUGUAAUGUGGGAAUUGCUGCACCACACUGCCUCUAAAGGAUUGUAAAACAUAGAGUUUCCCUCCUGCAGCUUACACUAUUCUUAAAAAGAGGAAGAAGAAAAAGAAGCAUCCAUGACUGGACAUAAUAAGAGUGAAGGUCCUGUUUUCACUCCCAGCAGCCUUAGGGUGUCUUUCUUGAUUUUGAUUUGUUAGUGAAUUCUUUUCUUACACUUGAAUUGAUAUAAAAAUAGACCAUUUGUAUGAUUUCAGCUGUUGUAAGUUGUCUUUUUUUACCGUGUAAAUAAAGUGUUGUAAAGCU